UUUUCAAAGUGAUGUUCAUAUUUGGUUAUUUCAUUUAUUUAUUUUUUGAGUAAUUGGUCACCCAAUUUAACCUAGCAUGAAACAUCAAGUUAUGUUUUGUUGUUUCCUUGCAGUUCAAGCAGUUUUCAAUUUUAUUUUGUCUUGUUUCUUCGUUCUAUCUGCUGAGCUACUUUGGAUGAACAUGAAGCAUGUUAAGGGAUUUAGAUUCCACCCAACAGAUGCAGAAGCCAUGGAACUUCUAUGGGAAAAACAGGUUCUCGACCGUGAUUUGUUUGUCCAAGUUGGUGAUUCACCCGUUCCACUCAUAACCCACUUCGAAGACAUCUGCAAAUUCGAACCUGGAGAAUUGCCUGGGUGGUCGGAGUUACAGUCAAGUGACAACGUCUGGUAUUUCUUUUGCUCACCAAAAUACAAGUACCAUAAUAGUAAACGAAAAAACAGAGUAACCAAGAAAGGUUACUGGAAUCCGACGGGAAAACCCCGUGAAAUAGUGACAACAUUCAACGGAAAAAAUAUCACUGGAACCAAACAGACCAUGGUUUUCUACAAAGGUCGGGUUCGUGAUAAAAACAAAAAAGAAAAUAAGACCCCAUGGCUCAUGCAUGAGCUUGAGCUCACUCUUAAUCUUCCAAACCAAAAAAGUUUAACUCUUUGUAAAUUGAAGAAAAAAGGGAGGAAGGUAGAUAUUUCAACAGGUGAAGAAGGGCAAUCAAAUCUGUGUUUGCCUUCUAACUUAGAAAACCACUGUCCAAACAAUGCAAUUCCAGAGGGCCAGUUAAACUCGAAGGAGCCAUUAACAGAGCCAGUAUCAUUCACUGAAAACAGUGGAAUUCAAUCUGAAUCAGUCGCCAAUGAACAGACUAUAGAUGAAUUUGUGGAUACACUUAUUAAGAAUGAUGAGUUCUACAGCAAUCAACCAACCUUUCUUUAUGAGAAAGAAGACUCCAUGCUAUAUUCUGACUCUCAAAUUUAUAAUGUCAAUACCGAUAUUCAAAAGAACCAGGAAGGCUUUGGUGAGUUGCUAAACCAGAAGCUGAAGGCACCUAAUGACUGUGUUCCGGCUAUGAACCAAAUUUGGAUCAGUGAUCAUGAUAAUUCAUCAUGGAGUUCAGUUGUAUUUGCUAAUGAUCCAACCAACCCAAAUGGAGAUGACAAUCAACAGAAUACUUUAUUUGCUGAAGAAAAUGGAGAUGGCAAUCAACAGAAUAUUUUAUUCUCUAGCUUGGCUUUUGAAAACCAUGUUCCAGUGGAUUCCAUUCCAACGGAAGGAUCAGAGUUUAAUGAAUUUUUCCACAAUGGGAUACAAUACAUAGCUAAAUUAUUAUCACCAGUACCAGAAGCACCUAAAAACUCAGACGAGGUUCGAAAUUGUGAUGAUGGGUUUUGGAAUUCAAUUGUCUUCACCACUGAUAAAGCUGAAGCUUAUCCUCAACUCUUUGAAAGCAAGCAACACAGCUUAAUUACUUCGAACCAGAAGGUCAACUUAUCCUCCAUGAUCACACUGGAUGAUCCAUACCCAAUGGAGGGACAAGCUGGUUCUUAUAAUAAAACAAACUUCUAAUAAGAUAUAAGUGUUACAUAGAAUUUAGGCAUAGCGCACUCUAGAUACUAGAACCCUUUAUAUGUGUGUGUGGAUAAGUGGCUGAUUUUAUCAUUCAAGAAAAUCAGCCAGAGUGAAGGAAAGGUACUUCAAAUUUAAAGUAUGUCUUAGAACCCUUAUAUUGCCUUAUGCACAAUGCACAAAAAAGGCAUUAGCCUGUGUGAACUGCAAUAUGUAUGUGUGAGGGUUAUAUGGUGUCUAUGUGUGUAUAUGGCUAUUGUAUGGUCUAGUGUAGUCUAUCUACAAAACAUACAAUCUUUUAUAUCAGUCAAAUAACCAAUAUCAA